CAUUUGUUAUGCCUCUCAGUUCAUUAAUUGUAAGAACUGGAAUUAGUCGAUGUUCGUACGACCUGGUACCAUUUUCACUAAAAACUUUAACCAAACCAUUGUAAAAUUAUCGAAGUCAAUGACAAUGGACACAAACAGUCAUUAUAAAAAAGGUUCUGAACAGCCGACAGCGCCCAAUGAUAACAAAUUGCGAUUGUAUUCGAUGCGUUUUUGUCCAUACGCACAUCGAACUCAUCUUGUAUUGAAUGUGAAGAACAUUCCGCACCAUGUUUUCAAUGUGGAUAUGUCCGAAAAACCGGAAUGGUUCCUCAACAACAUAAAUCCGAGUGGCAAGGUACCAGCAAUUCAAUUGGUCAACGAAAAAAGUGAUCCAAUUCUCUUCGAAUCACUUGCCAUUUGUGAAUAUUUGGACGAAAAGUUUCCGGAAAUCAAACUUUAUCCCACUGAUCCACUGGAAAAAGCUCAAACGAAAUUGUGGAUCGAUCGUUUCGGAUCUAUAGGUGGUGCCUUUUAUCGUCUGGUCUUCGAAAAGAACAACGAAGAAGUUAAUGGAAAAUUGUUGAGUGAUUUGAUCGCCGGACUAAAGGCAUACGAAGAAGAAUUGCUAAAAAGAGGCACUAAAUACUUCGGCGGUGAUAGACCGAAUAUUUUUGAUUAUGGAAUCUGGCCAUGGUUCGAGCGUUUCGGUGUACUAAAUGCGGUCGUCGGAGAUAAAUUUAAAAUCGACGACUCGACGUUUCCUAGUUUGGCGAAAUGGACUGCGGCAAUGGUAACCGAUGCUGCUGUGCAAAAACAUUAUGCCCCGAAUGAAAUUCACACGAAAUUCUCGCUUGAACGACCCGGUGGAAUUCCCAACUACAAUAUAUUGGUGGGUCAAUCGUAAGCCGUUUGGCAGUAUUAUAAUUUAGUGCACAUCGUACUUAAUACACAAAUUGUUUUAACGAUUUUGGCGAUAGAUAGAUGUCACUUAUAAAAUCAUUAAAAAGUAAAUUUUGUAUCCGUGUUUGAUCGUGUAUCCAUGACAAUAAAUGUUGCAAAUUAAAAACUGAA